GCACUUUUUCGUGGGUGAUUAAAAACCCUAAAAAGUUCUGGUUCUCAGAGGCUCAGAGCUGUGGAAUUGAAGGAGAGGAAAUCCUAAGUUUGUGAGGAGCAAUGGCGACGUUUGACGAAGCUCCACCCGGCGAUUCUAAGGUUGGAGAAAAGAUUUUCAAGACUAAGUGUGCUCAGUGCCACACGGUCGAUAAGGGUGCUGGACACAAGCAAGGACCCAAUUUGAAUGGUUUGUUUGGAAGACAGUCUGGGACAACUGCUGGGUACUCCUACUCUGCUGCGAACAAGAACAUGGCUGUGAUGUGGGAAGAGAAGACACUGUAUGAUUACUUGCUUAACCCUAAGAAGUACAUCCCAGGGACAAAGAUGGUUUUCCCUGGACUGAAGAAGCCGCAGGAACGUGCUGAUCUCAUUGCAUUUCUCAAGCAAUCCACAGCAUCCUGAAGUGCUAAGUCUAGGACAGUUAGUUUCAUUCAUUUUGCGGCAAUUAAAGGGUGUCUUGUUGCAGAGACGGAUAAGAAACAAUAUUUUUUCAGAAUAAGACCACCAGAGUGUGCCAUGGUGUUUCUUCCUAAAUAGAGAAGAGUAGGAGGAUUAAUUACCUCUUUUGGAAGGAGGGCAUUGCCACUGGUUAACGAUUUAAAUUCAAUAUGAAAUUCUACCUCAUUCUUGGAUGAUUUUUAUCCCCCGACACUUCAAUGAUCAGUUGCUGAUAUUGCUUAA